UCUUCUCUUGUGUUCUUCCUGUUCUUCGGAAUAGGAAUUUGUUCUGCAGCGAGACGUUUGUCAAGUUCUUACGAAGGAUAUGGUUCUUCAAGUGGUCAUGGUUAUAGUAGCUAUGCUUCCGUAGGAGAAUAUGGUGUUGAAAAUUAUGGCAAUGGAUAUGGUAAAGAUGGUGCAUAUGGAGGAAAAUACGGGGAAUACAAUGGAGGAAAGUACGGGGGAUAUGACGGAGGAAAACACGAGGGAUAUGAUAGUGGAAACUACGGGGGAUACGGCAGAGGUAGACACGAAGGAUACGAUGGAGGAAACUAUGGGGGAUACUGUAGAGGUAAGCAUGAGGAAUACGGUAGAGGUAAACACGAGGAAUACGACAGAGAUAAACAUGAGGGAUACAGUGGAGGAAACUAUGGAGGAUACGGUGGAGGAAACUAUGGAGGCUACGGUGGAGGUAAACACGAGGAAUAUGACAGACAUAAACAUGAGGAAUACGACAGAGAUAAACACGAGAGAUACGAUGGAGGAAACUAUGGAGGAUACGGUGGAGGUAAGCACGAGGAAUACGGCAGAGAUAAGCACGAGGAAUACGGCAGAGAUAAACACGAGGGGUACGAUGGAGAAAACUAUGGAGGAUACGGCGGAGGUAAACAUGAGGAAUACUUUAAAGAUAAACACGAGGGAUACGAUAGAGGAAACUAUGGGGGAUAUGGCAGAGGUAAGUUUGAGGGAUACGGUGGAAGUAAACACGAGGAAUAUGGUGGAGGAAACUACGAUGGAUACGGUGGAGGUAAACACGAGGGAUAUGCCCCCUGAGAAACACAUUUUUAGCGGUACAAUAUACAUAUAUAAAUAAUUCUCUCCCUCAUGUAUU